AUGGGCGAAGGAGCAAUAAACCCUGCAACCUCGGACGAGGAGAAUGAAAAGCAAGACAUCUUGCUCAAGUUUGAAGCCUUGAAAUCGCAGCUGAAAGAGUUGCUCGAUAAAAAUGAAACUCUCUCGGAGCAAGAGCAGCUGCCAAUAUCGGAGUUCGACUUGGAUAGUGAAAACACAGAAAAGCUUUACAAAAAAUCUGCCGAGGAGCGCGAAAAGACCCAGGUGGACUACAAAACCAAAAUUAGCAAAUGGGAUCGAAUGAAAGACGUCAUAAUUGAAAAAUGCUGGGACGUCAUGGAGUUCAAAGGAAAAUGUCUGAAAGCAAUAGGGAACUCUUUCUUGGUUGAAAAUUUCGCUCUACCUUACACGGAUCCUGAGGCUAUCGCGAAGCUGAAACAUUCUGUUCAGAUAAGAGAGCUGGAUUUUUCAAUUUCAAAGGAUCAAAGUACAAAACCGUGGGCUCAUGUCACCAAAAGAAAGGACAAUUUUGGAAGAGCAGUUUCAAAAUCGCAAGGCAAAUCGUUGAAAGUUCCAAAAACUUUUGAGGACGAGCUGGACAUUCUAGCCCCACCAAGUCAUGGUCCUCCUGGAGUCUUUCAAGAAUUCCGCGGUUGUUCCCAACUUCAAUUGAACAGUUUCUUGGCCGCCGCAAGGGAAUUCCCUUCCCUCAUGGAAGCUACUGUUCAACUGCGAAAGAAUUUCAACGCGCGUUUUGAUGAAAUGUUUGACCUCAAGGAGAAGGAGCUACAAGAGAUGUCAGAGAAGCACGAACGGCUGAGAACUAUACAGUAUGAAAGAGCGGCUUCUUGUAAAAUCCCAUCAGAGGAGUCAACGCCACAAGAUCCGGUCUGGACUCAGAUUGAAAAAUCCCAUCUAAUUUUAGAAGUUGCACCUCAUGAGAUACGGAGUAAACCUCCUGAGCAGAAAAAAACGAUCUACACUCGAAAGCAGAAAACUGACGAGAGUAAACUUCAGCUUCAGUACGCCACGGACUCCUUCCGAGAAAACGCUUUGGUGAAAAUGAUGGAUGGUGUUUUGGAGGUGCGGUGGGAGGACCUCUUGAAGAAGGACGUCCCGCCAUUGGAGGAAGUGCUAUCCAAAAUUCCAGAGGAGCUGCAAGAAGAGAGAGAGAAGGCAGUUGAAGACUGGAAAAGAAAGGUCAAAGAACUUGAAGAGGGGAGGAAGCGGUACAAGAAACAAAUUGAUGAAGAAUGGCUGCAAAUAAUCGAAAACUUACAGAUAAAUUUCCUGACCAACGAAUAA